AUGAAUCCAGCCGGACAGAAACAGGAGAACACCUCCGACUUUGUAUUUCCCAAGAGCUAUAAUUUCCCACCUUUCUUCAGUCCUCAACCAACCACGUUGACCCGGGAAGCUCAGCUUAGGAAAUGGUCAAUCUUCAUACAGAGAUAUUGCAAACACCAUCGCAUCUUCCAACUCACACUUAUUGAAACUCUGGACACGCCGCUGUUUUACAACGCCACACUGAAGAAGCGCCUGAGCCUCAAAGAUGCCAAAGCAGUCAUUGACUACAUGGUGAGCAAGGAGGGUGAUGAACGGGCCGAAUGGCUCGGAUCCGAGAGGGCGUCGGCAUGGAUUUGGUGGCGCAAGCCGGAGGAAUGGGCGAACCUGAUUGCCGCCUGGGUCGAUGAGACUGGCCAGAAAGGCACCGUUCUUACGCUCUAUGAACUGGUCCAAGGGGAGACCGUAGAGAAGCAGGAAUUCUAUGGAAUGGACAUGGAAGUGCUUCGGAAAAGCCUCCAAACCCUAGUGAAGAAAGGGAAGGCUCAAGUCUUUGGUGCAGAAGACCAACAGGGUGUCAAGUUCUUUUAA